GGCCUAUUGUUCCUUAAUCCUGGCGGCGGGGGUCCCAGGGCAUGAGCUCACUCAUGCAUACAGGCCGCUAUCUCAAGUUUAGAAGAAAGAGUGCAGAAAGUUCACAAAGUUAACAGCGCCUGCGUUUAACGCCCCAGUGACUUCAAAAUGAUUGUGUGGUUGUUGACGACAUUCUCGGCAGGACUACUCGCUAUUUUUCUCUACCAAUGGACAACACAUCCGUUCUUUUGGGUCGAUUUAAGGAACUACUUGAAACUUCGGAGUUUCAAAAAGGAGAUGCAGACUCGUAUGCGGAAGGGAAUCGUGACAUACCUCGACACUUUUCUUUACCAAGCGAGAAUAACCCCUGACAAACCCUUCAUCAUCUACGAAAGCCAAUCCCUCACGUACCAAGAUGUGGACAAAAGAAGCAACCAGUUUGCUAAAGUGUUUAGAUCUGCAGGAUCUUUAAAGAUGGGGGACGUGGUUGCUCUUCUGAUGUGUAACCACCCGGACUUCAUUUGUGUGUGGUUCGGCCUGUGCAAACUGGGCUGUGAAGUCGCCUUUCUCAACUUCAACAUCAAGGCGUCCUCCCUCCUGAGUUGUCUGCAAAGCUGUGGAGCCAAGUCACUUGUGGUGGGCGCCGAUUUGGUGGCUUCUUUAGACGAGGUGCUGCCCACCCUGAAGGCUAGUGAUAUCUCCUUGUGGAUGGUAGACCACAGCGCUCCUUGUGAUGGCUUCAACAGUCUGCUGGAUAAACUGGACAAGGUGUCUGAAGAGCCAUUGCCUGAUCCUCCCAAAGUUAACGUCAUGUCUAACUUCCUCUUCAUAUUCACCUCAGGCACUACUGGUCAUUCUAAAGCCGCGCGGUUGGGUCACCUCAAAGCCAUCAUGAGCAUGGCCUUCCUCCGGUUCUGCGGCGUCACGUCCGACGACAUCGUGUACAUCACUCUCCCGUUGUACCACAUGUCCGCCUCCCUGCUGGGGGUCGGUGGGUGCAUACAGCUGGGUGCAACGUGUGUGUUGAAGAAGAAGUUCUCGGCUAGUCAGUUCUGGAAGGACUGUGUGAAGUACGAUGUGACUGUGUUCCAGUACAUAGGAGAGCUCUGCCGCUACCUGGUCAACCAUGCAUGGGUCACCGAGGAGGGGGCCCACCGCGUGCGGCUGGCGGCGGGCAGCGGCUUACGGCCCGACGUGUGGCGGGAGUUUGCCCGGCGCUUCGGGAACAUCAAGAUCCGGGAGGGCUACGGUCUGACCGAGGCCAGCGUGGGGUUCCUCAACUACACCGACGAGAUCGGGCCCAUCGGAAGGGCCAGCUACUUCAACAAGCUUUCAAUGCCGUUUGAGCUCUUGAAGUAUGAUCCCAAAACAUACGGCCCGAUCCGCGAUGGCUCCGGAAGAUGCAUAAAAGCCCCAAAAGGGGAGGCAGGCAUGCUGGUGGCCCCCCUGACGGUCACCAGUCAGUUCCUGGGCUACGCGGGGAACAAGACCCAGACGGAGAGCAAGGUCCUGAGGGACGUGGUCCGGCCUGGAGACGUCUACUUCAACACGGGAGACCUGCUCCUCUGCGACCACAGGGACUUCCUGUUCUUCUGCGACCGCAUCGGAGACACCUUCAGAUGGAAAGGAGAAAAUGUAGCCACUACAGAGGUCUCUGAGGUCCUGGGAAGCCUGGACUUCCUCCAGGAGGUGAACGUCUACGGUGUCACUGUGCCAGGAUAUGAAGGUCGGGUGGGCAUGGCUGCAAUCAUCUUAAAGCCGGAUCAUAAAUUAGACGGUGCUGAAAUCUACAAGCAGUUAGUCGGAGGACUCCCGUCCUAUGCCUGGCCAUGGUUUCUCCGAAUUCAGACCUGCCCGGAAAUGACGGAGACGUUCAAACAACAGAAGGGGAAACUGGUCCACGAGGGCUUCAACCCAGCAGUGGUGAAGGAGCCCCUGUAUUUCAUGUCUCUCUCUCAGAAGGACUACAUUUCCCUUUCUCAAAGUCUGUACGAUGACAUCAUCUCUGGCAAGAUUUUACUGUAGACAGAAAACGCAGCCAAUCCAAGUUGAACUCAGGUUGAAAUAAACGUAAAGGGAGAAAUAGAUUAAUACACUAUUGAAUUUAUUCUUAAUAAUUAUAUAUCGAUUUUGUUUAUAAAACAUUUUAGGUUAUUUAUGCUUAUUUGUUUUUAUAUGUUUUAUCCUUUAACAUAUAUACGGUUGCUACGUUUCAUUAACAAAACUUCCUGAGACAUGCCUGACUUUCUAUGAGCUCUUUAACAUGAGGUUUAUCAUGGCUUGGGGAGGGUACAUCUGUGGAAGGAAUGACCAUGUUUCUCUCCUCCUUAGAACUGCUUAUCGGCAGAUGAACGCCUGUCUUGGCUGUCCUAGACUUGCAUAGCUGUCCAAACGCCAAACGCCAUCAAGUGAAAGAGCUUCCAAAGCUUUCUUUGUGCGGCAGAAUCUAUCCCUAACUCUAAGAUUAAGCAUUAAACAUAUUCACAAAACAUCAGUGCUGUUUCACCAGUCUGUGGUAAACCAGUCUCACUGAAUCGACGAGGGUUAGGGUCAAUGUCCCAUCCAUCUCUGAAGACAAGGUGGAUGGACACGCACUAGUAACUGAAACAAUAGUGCUAGACCAGGCAGGGGAGAAGAGUAGCGGGUCUGAAGCAAUGAAGCCAACGGUUGAUCAAUAGGCCUUUCAUAGUGAAACCCAGUAUGGAACCAGGGAUGUGGAACAAAGGUUUUACCCAUGCUGUGGAUCACAGAACUGGGUCACAGGAAAAUACAUCAUUGUUCCGCUGUAUUUCCCCGGCUGGGGGUCUGCGUGCGUGCGACUUAGCUUUUUUAUUUUUCCAUACAUGUCACUAAUGUGUAGUGUCGUUGCAUUUCAAAGAAUUAAAAGCAGACUUGUCUAAAAUAGAACCUGUCUCCACCAUUAUUUAGGAACUUUCUUUACAUGUAGUCACAUUCCCAAUUCAAUGUUUUGUUUAUGUUUUAAGUUGCAUUCAGCAAUUGUUGAAAUUAUUGUUCUACUGUAAUUUGAGUUUUAAUUUGGUUAAUGGUUCUAUGUAAAUGUGUUAGACUACUGGUCUCUGCUGAAGAUCCCAAUGCAUGCCAACCAUGAGACCGAAUCAAAGCACAAUGUGAUCAAAAUGAGGACUGAGACUGAAUCAAAACACAAUGCAAUCCAAAUGAGAACCAUGAGACUCAAAGUACAAUGUGAUCAAAAUGACUCAAAUCAGCAUUGGCCGACCAAAGAUUGUUGAUUGCGAUUCCUUUGUUAGCCUGCCAUCGCCAGAACAAUUUGCAUGUGUAUUAGUCUCGAAGCAUUCAGGUUAUUUCUGAUUUCCACUGGACGCGAUUAGAUAAGACCAAUCAGGGCAACUAAAUGUAAUACAUCAGCGGCAGGCAUCUUGGUUUUCCAGAAAAUGCCUCAACUGGGCUCCCAUAGGUACAGACGUUGUAACAAACCCUUCCUAUAUUAAAUAAACUGUGGUUGAACCAGGCCAGCUCUGGUGGAAACUGUUCUGAACGUGAGGGGGGCCAGACGCAUAUGCUUAGGCAAAUAAAACUUGAGCUUGCAGCUUGUUUGGGUUCCCAGGCUAGCGUUAAGGGCUUGUUAACUGGAAAGUGGAUAUUCCAAGUUCAAACGUUUUCCAGGAUGUGUAGAAACACUUCAGAUGUUAACAACCGUCUCAUGUCUGGUCUCUGCUAGUCACCAAGAAGAUAUGCAAUUAUGCCUAGUGGAUGGGUGAUUACUUGUUACAAUUGUUUAAUAAAUCAAAAUCAUUCACUCACAACCACCAAUGAUCACCCAGAUUUCCGUCUUAUCCAGGAUGUUUGGGGGAAAAUAAAAUUAUACUAAUUACAAUUUUCCAAAUCACCGAAGUACAUUUUGUGGACAGUUCAUGAAUAAUCAAGUAACAAAUAAUAGAUUGAUUCCAUUUGAUUGAUUUAUUGCAAUAAAGAUGUACAAAGUAUUGAUUAUCAUCAAUGUUAGAAAAAGCCUAUCCAUGACAUAUCCAUGUAAUGUUAUCCAUGUCUACAGUACAGCGUAUCAAAACAUGACUGUUUCAACUGCCUGGGUGUUUCCCAGCUCCUGCAGUGGGACGGCAGGGGAAUACACCUUUGCACUGUGGAUGUCAUCAUAGCUUUUCUUCCAAGGUAUUUCAAGAUUAAUAUGGACUGAAGGGAAAAGACUGAAGACAAAUUUGAAAGACAAAACAAACCAACAUGCAAAUUAAUUUCAAACCAAAACCAAUAUAUGUAUAUAUAUAUAUAUAUAUAUAUAAAGAAAGAAAAAAAUUGUUGUAAAAUUAUACUAAAUUAAACAAUGUAAAAUAAAUACCAUGUGCUAUUUAAUUGAAACUCCCUUAAUUUAUGCAUGUCCACUACGAAGCAUAUUUACAGGUAUAUCAUGUUUGCAGUGUUUACUAGAAAGUGACGGUCUUGAGAAAAAUGGUUGAUUAUUUAGAUUCUACAUUCCACAUGAUGGCUCAAUAUCAACGGAUGAGAGGAGGGGAGCUUCGAUGGAAAGAAUGGCAAAUGGCAAAACAGAAAAUUAAAAAACCCUGCAAUAAACAUUGCAUGGAUGACACAAGCGCAGGUGACAUUUGGUUCUGAAAAAAACAAAGCACAGUAGUAACAGCAGUAGUAGUGUCGAUCUGGCUUAGUACGAGCGCGCUACGGUCAAUCAAGUACCUGUGCCUCAAUGCACAUUUUCAGUCUAUAUAUAUAUAUUCAUGACGAAACAGUGCACACAAACACAAGACAUUAUUUGGUUUGACAUAUAUAAUCGUGUUUAAUAAUACAUAUCAAAGACAACGUUUUCCCCCUUCAGCUUCAAGUAGGCUACCUCACAGCUGACAUCGUCUUGGUUAUGCGAUUGUGUGUGUAUGGAGUUAAAUAUACAAGUAUAGUAGUAAGUAACCCGUGUUUUUUUCUUUUGUUUCGUUUGUGUGUUAAUGUCACUUUGUAACAAUGUUGGCGGAUGAGUGUCACUGCACAGAUCCUUUAAGACCCUGUUGAUUCUUUAUAAUAAAAUAAAAGCGCUUACAUUCCUCCACAUCCUUUAAAAUGUGUUUUUAUUACAUUCGUAUCCUCUGGACACAGACACAGAAUGGUGGGAUGUGGUCGUAACGUAUGGCAGUUUAUACAUUGAACUCCCCAAAACACAGCAGUUGAUCCCAAAUAGGCCUGGAACUGAACCCCUCUCUUUAAAACGUCCUCCAUUAUCGAAGUAUGUGCUCGGAAUCUUCCAUUUGUAAAUGUAACAGUUGCUUUCACCUCAAACUGUGACACAUCAUAUUGAUUGCAUA